GCGGCUCGGGCUCCGAGUGUGAGGGACAGGGACUUCCUGGCACAGACACAGCACGCAACGGAACGAAUCCGGAGCCUCCUAUUUAUGACUACUAGGUGGGUCUGGGCCGAAAGAUACCCGCCCUCCCGCUGCACUCUCCUUGCUCUGCUCCAGUCAGCCAGAGUCGCUUGGACCUUUGGCCGGAAUGGGGUGGCUCGGCGCCCCGAGCGCGGCCGCGAUACCUGCCCACUGGACUAAGGACAAUGCUGCUUCAUGAAACUGAUCAUCAUUCAAAAAGCCUUUGUUUAAUAGAAGAAAUUCCGUCUAUAUUCUAUACCCAGAUGUCCACAAGAACAGCAUUAUUGAAGCAUCAUGAAGAUCUCCGUGAAACUAAAAUGGUCCUGGCUAGGGAAGAGUUGUAUUCUGAUCAGUUUACUGUGGAUUACUUAUGUUAUCAUUGAACUGUCAGUCUCCACUCUACUUGACUCUGCUGGACAGAGCAAUAGAAAGGAAAGGGCGAAUGCAGCCUAUUUUAGUGACGAGCAAAGUGAGGACCUUUCACGCCCAGUGUAUGAAAAACCUGCUGUUGAUAUGAGCAGACCCGGGGAACUGGGUAAAGCAACACAUCUGAAUUUGAAUGCCGAAGAGAAGUUACAAGAAGAGGAGAGUAUUGAGAGAUAUGCAAUUAAUGUUUAUUUAAGUGACAAAAUAUCACUACAUCGUCAUAUCCAGGAUGACCGAAUGUAUGAAUGCAAAGCCAAAAAAUUUGAUUAUAGGAAGCUUCCUACGACUUCUGUAAUUAUUGCAUUUUAUAAUGAGGCUUGGUCCACUCUACUGCGCACAAUUCAUAGUGUACUGGAAACAUCUCCUUCUGUUCUCCUGAAAGAACUCAUACUGGUAGAUGACUACAGCGAUCGAGUUUAUCUGAAGUCCCAGCUGGAGCAGUAUAUCAGUAAUCUUGAGCGAGUGCGCCUCAUUCGAACAAAUAAGAGGGAGGGACUGGUGCGUGCUCGUUUGAUUGGUGCUACUUUCUCUACGGGAGAUGUGCUCACAUUUCUGGAUUGCCACUGUGAGUGUGUCACUGGCUGGUUGGAGCCAUUGCUGGAGAGGAUUAGAGAGAAUGAGACUGCAGUUGUAUGUCCAGUUAUCGAUACCGUCGAUUGGAACACUUUUGCAUUUUACAUGCAGACAGGUGAACCGAUGAUUGGUGGAUUUGACUGGCGCCUUACUUUCCAGUGGCAUGCUGUUCCUGGACGUGAAAGAAAUCGAAGAAAGUCAAGAAUAGACCCAAUUAGGUCUCCAACUAUGGCUGGGGGUCUGUUUGCAGUUAGUAAAAAGUACUUUGAAUACCUGGGCACCUAUGACACAGGAAUGGAAGUAUGGGGAGGUGAGAACUUAGAACUAUCUUUUAGGGUUUGGCAAUGUAAAGGCUCCUUGGAAAUCCAUCCCUGCUCCCAUGUCGGGCAUGUUUUUCCAAAGCGUGCUCCAUACGCACGACCAAAUUUCCUCCAGAAUACUGUUCGAGCAGCUGAGGUGUGGAUGGAUGAAUACAAAGUACAUUUUUAUUACCGAAAUCCUCCUGCAAGAAAGGAAAAAUAUGGGGAUAUUUCUGAAAGAAAACUCCUCCGAGAUCGUUUGCAGUGCAACAGUUUCAACUGGUAUUUGAAGACAGUAUACCCAGAAUUGCAUGUACCAGAGGAUCGUCCCAACUGGCAUGGAGCGAUCCGCUCAGAAGGGGUUCAUUCUGAAUGCCUGGAUUACAAUGCGCCAGAUCAUAGUCCUACAGGAGCUCACCUGUCUUUGUUUGGAUGCCAUGGUCAAGGAGGUAAUCAGCAUCUCUGGAAGACGCCUCAAAAUAUUCCAUAUUAAGGAGAAAGAGAAGUUGAAUAUGGGUCCUCCCCCAGUUAUGACAGGGUUCAGUUCCUCUGAACCGUUUGUAACCUGAAUAGUUUGCUGAUCCCAUAUGCUGUUGCUAACCAAGUUCCAACAUCGCAGAAGAUGCCUGCAGUCUUGUAGUAGCCGGCAAAUCCAUCCUGCCAGUCUUCCAAUGCUCGUUCAUACGAUUGUGUUGUAACAUAAUUAAAGGAAAUGGAGACUAGCAACUGAUGACAAUAUGUAUUUAACACUCUAACAUAAUUGGGUUGAAGGCUUGGAAAAAAUAUUUUGAGGAUCUUGCCAAUAUUUGAAAAGAACAAGACAAGACCACCACUUAAGGGUUUUGAGAUCUUCUCCUGAUCUUUAUUCCUGUGAUACAACUCAUGAUUGUCAUAACCUCAUGCAGUGUCCUGGGAUAUUACUGGAAUAUGGGUGUGAAUGGAAGCAGAACGAAAGGAGGGGGAAAUAUUUUGGAUUGAUUUAGUAUAUUAAAAAAACCAUUGUACCAUGAACAAAGUGAAGAUGCCCUAAUGCACAGAUAUGAUCUUAGACCCAAUUUUACUUCUGUUUAAAACAACACAAUACAAAUCGUAGAAAUUAUAGAAUAUCUUGCCAUUUAUUAUGGCAAUGUUGAUACAAUCCAUGAAAAUAUUUUCAAUUUUCAUAGUUUAUUAUUCUGCAUAAGUAUUCUUAAUAGCAAGCCCUUUACAUGAUAGGGAAAAGGAAUAUGGUGAUCAUGUUUCAGAGUCAACAAACUAUCUUUGCAUCAGCAAUAUAAAUUUGUACGGUAUCGUAAUAAUUAAAUGAAGAUAUUCAAGUUACAAGUCUCCUUUCUUGCUUGUGACCAUUUGCAGAUGUUGACUGGUUCCUUGUUUUUAAAAAUUGUAAACUGAACAACAAUGUGUCUUUAAAUUGUCAAACCAUAUAUGUGACUAAUCUACGAGCACUGGCAUUAGAGGAAGACUGAGCAGCAUUUUUACCAUUGUAUUGACUGAAUCUCAGAUGUAAUGCACAUUGAGAUAUCAAAUUAUCAUAAAUUUUGCAAACAUAAUAUACUUAGGUCAAAUGAGGAAUUUAAUCAAAUGUGCCAAAUAAUGGGUUGUUUUGAUGUAAUUUUAAGACAUUCAAAUCUCGCUAAGUGAACCUGUCAGCCAUACUUAAUUGUAUUAUGUACAUAAUCAUAUUACAUGUGUAAUGGAGGUAAAAGCCACAAUAGUGUCACCUCUUGUGAUGAUUCUUGGAUCUCUCUUCCAGUACAUUAGAUUCCAAAAGAUGAAGUUAUUUUUCCGGAGAUGAACAGAAAAUAGUGAAUUAGUAGUGCAUAUUUUGCAAUAUAUUAGUUGAUAAUAACUACUACAGAAUAUAACAUCAUUAUGACUGUAAGCAACCUCAAUAGAAUAAAUGUUUCUUUUUAAUUCUGUAUGUAAAUUAUAUAACUGUAAUAGAGGAGUUAUUGAUUUUACU